UGUUAAGGGCAGUCAAUCAUACAUCCCCUCUGGAAUUCAGCUCUUUGGUCCAGAUUUGAAUCAAGGCUGCGAUGAGGUAUGGCGUCCAGUGGAACUGGCAAAUCCCAAACUGCACAUUAACGAGUCAGUGUUUUAUCGGGAUUUUGCUUCCUAUUCCAAAUUGCCCUGGGGAAGGUGGUGCAACAGUUCAGGAUCGACAAUAAAUACGUGUUGUCACCGAAGCCCACAUCCUGUGAAUGAACCAGUGAUCGAUGUUCAGAACUGACAUCUUGCGGUGAGGAAGAGGGAUCCAUGAUCACAGUUCAAUGCGAUGGAUGUAGGUUUGCGCAAUUGAAAUGUUUCAGGAUCCAGGUAACAAAGAAUGCAACAUGAGGAAAUUGUGAAAAUGUCAACAGCUCAAGUGCCAGAUCGCUUUUGUUGGGACCAACAUGAACUAGAAAAGAGAACAGAGACCAUACAACACUUUGUAAAUCAGUUUUCUAAGUGGCAAUGUCGAACAACAGGAUACAUACGUGAACUACAAGAGAUUGCGAACAGUAUUGAUCGAUAUCACAAAGGUGCCACAAUUGCAAAUGUCACAGGGUCGUCUGCAGGUGCUGUAGGAGGUGUGCUUACGUUUGCAGGAAUAAUUGCUGCUCCUUUCACUGCUGGUGGCUCCCUGAUACUCACUGCUGUGGGCGCGAGCAUAGGAGGAGCUGGUGUUAUUGCUAACUUGACAGCUGGCAUCACUGAAUAUGUUAAACGGUCAAAGAAGCAGAAACGGGUAGAUGAGAUCAUCAGGCAAUAUAAAAAUGAUCGGAACGAAAUGUCAGCACACUUGAAGGACAUCGACCGUGAUCUCCAGGCCUCGAGUCAUCUUAGUGAGGAAGAAAAUACCGAAUGUGAUUACAAUGAAGGCACAGCAGGAGAUUGCCGACGGAACAGCAAAGUAAAGCAAGUCACCAGUAAACACAGGGGGAAAUAUUUGCCGAAAGUUAAAGAUAGAUUAUAUUUACAAGGGAUUAGGAAGGCAAGGAAUAUUUUCAACAAAUGCAGGAAAAAGUAUUUGGAUGAGGUUAAAGCUGGAUUACAAUCUGGUUCCAUCAGCAUGAAGACAUUUAAAGUGACAGCAUCAAUCAUGGGCAAAGAAGUCUUAAGCAAAUCUCCUGGCCUUAGCACAGUAGCUGAGAAAUUGACAACUCUGAGUCGCAAUGUUCAAAGAACAAAGUAUGCCCUGGAAGCUGGGAAAGUGAAAAAGCUGCUUUAUGGAACUCCUCUAGCUUUGUCCAAAACUACAAGAGCUGUUUCAGGAGUUGUGGGAGCACUCUUUAUAGUGUGGGAUAUCUACUCUAUAGCUAAGGGUUCGAUUGAGCUGAGCAAAGGAAGUAAAUCUGAAGUCGCUAAAAAGUUACGAGAUGAAGCUCAGAAGAUAGAGGAUGCGUUAAAACUGUAUGAGGACAUAUGUCAGUUUCUAAAAAGGUUCUUGAGAGAGACUGGGACAUUGGAUAAUGAAGUCCAGAGAGAGGCUUGAACAGAAAAAGGAUGAAAAUUGUUUCUUCAUUUCCAGUGGCAUUGGACUUAGAUCAUCGAAUGCUACACAAGGGGUAGAAACAUAGAAAAAUAGAAAAUAAGUCCAGCAGUAGGCCAUUCGGCCCUUCGAGCCUGCACCGCCAUUCAAUAUGAUCAUGGCUGAUCAAGCCCUUGGGCCCACAAUGUCUGUGCCAAACAUGAUGCCAAGAUUUGCAUCUCAUUUGAUCUCAUCUGAUUCAUACUCCCCCCCCCCCCCAUUCUCUACAUAUAAAUGUGCCUAUCCAAAAACCUCUUAAACACCACUAUCCUAUCAGCGUCACCACCAAUCCUGACAGAGAAUUCUAGGCAUCCAUCACCAUCUAGGCAACAUUCCCCCAAUGUCACCUUUGAACUUCGCCCCCCUCCCCCUCACAUUAAAGCUAUGACCUCUGGACAUUGACAUUUCAACCUGGUAAAAAGUUCCAACUGGAAUCCCUCUCCAAGGUACUUUCUUUGUAGCUACAAUUGUCACACCCGUCAUUCCUUCUUAUCCCCACUCCCAUCAGGCAGAAAAUAAGUUCAUGUCACAGGAGUAGAAUUCAGCCAUUUGGCCCAUCAAGUCUACGCCACAAUUCAUUCAUGGCUGAUCUAUCAUUCCCUCUCAAAGCUCUUAAAGAUAGCAGAGUUAAGGGAUAUGGGGAGAAGGCAGGAACGGGGUACCGAUUGGGGAUGAUCAGCCAUGAUCACAGUGAAUGGCAGGUGCUAGCAUGAAGGGCUAAAUGGCCUACUUCUGCACCUACUGUCUAUUGUCUAAUGCCGAACCCAUUCUCCUGCCUUCUCCCCAUAUCCCUCGACACUCUUGCUGAUCAAGAAUCUGUCAAUCUCCACCUUAAAAAUACCGAAUGACUUGAACUCCACAGCCGUUUGAGACAACGACUUCCACAGAUUCACCACCCUCUGACUAAAGAAAUUCCUUCUCAUCUUCUUUCCAAAAGUAUGUCCUUUUAUUCUGAGGCUAUGUCCUCAGCACUCUUCCACUAGUGGAAACAUCCACUCCAUACUCACUCAAUUCCGGCCUUUCACUAUAUGGUAAGUUUCAAUGAGGAAUCCCCCUCAUCCUUCUAAACUGCACUGAGUACAGGCCCAGUGCCAUUGAACUGUUAUCAGAGAUUAUUCCAGUCAACCCUGGGAUCAUUCUCGUAAACAUCUUCUGGACUCUCUCCAAUCCCAGCACAUCCUUAUGGGGCCCAAACCUGCUAACAAUACUCCAAAUAUGAUCUGACCAGCGCCUAUAAAGUCUCAGCAUUACAUCCCCGUUCCUUCCUCCAGCCUCACAAUACAUUUCUCUUCUCUCCACAUCUGAUACCCUUUUGUAUUUUCACUCCGGUCCUUUUGUCACUACGCAUCUGCCAAUCACCCCCAUACGUAUCCACCAAUGAUCUUUGAUCUCCAUUCCCUUUGUCCUAUUUUCACACUUUAUACUUCCUUAUCUAUGUAUCUCCCUCUCCUGACAUCAGUCUGCAGGGUCUCGACCCGUAACGUCACCCAUUCCUUCUCUCCAGAGAUGCUGCCCGUCCUGCUGCACAGGACGCAUGGUAGCGCAACGAUAGAGUUGCUGCCUUACAGCGAAUGCAGCUCCGGAGACCCGGGUUCGAUCCCGGAUAGGGGUGCUUGUCUGUACGAAGUUUGUACAUUCUCCCCAUGACCUGCGUGAGUUUUCUCUGAGAUCUUCAGUUUCCUCCCACAUUCCAAAGACGUACUGGUAUGUUGAUUAAUUGGCUCGGUAAAUGUAAAAAAUUGUCCCUAGUUGUUGUGGGAUAGUAUUAAUAUGUGGGGAUCGCUGGUCGGCAUGGACCCAGUGGGCCGAAGGGCCUGUUUCCCCGCUGUAUCUCUAAACUAAACUCAGUGAUGCUAGACACAAAAUGCUGGAGUAACUCAACAUCUCUGUAGAGAAGGAAAGGGUGGCGUUUUGGGUCGAGACCCUUCUUCAGACCCUUCCUCAGAGAUGCUGCCUGACCCACUGAGUUACUCCAGCACUUUAUGUCUUUUUCUCAAGUUUCCAGCAUCUACAGUUCCAAGAUUCAAGAGUGUUUUAUUGUCAUGUCCUGAAGUUGAACAAAAUUGGAGCAGCACAACAGAUAUGUAAACAUAGUAAUCUGUAAAACUCAUAAUAAACAACCACAAAAAGAUCAGUAGAUAUAUAUAUAU